UCCGCCUUUAAACCAUCAGCGUCUGGUUUUUCGUGGACGUGGAGACUCGCAGCAGCUCCUUCUCAAAUGGGCUCGGUCGCCUAGCGGUUGCUUUCCUGAGCCAGGUCACCUGUGGUCUCAAGCCGUCGGGAUUCUGCUGGGCGCAGCACUAAGACUCCAAGGAUUUACAACUCGCGCAAGAAAGAAGAUCAAGAAACAUGGCAGCAAUCCCGUCCAGUGGCUCCCUUGUGGCAACCCACGACUACUACCGAAGACGCUUGGGUUCCACCUCCAGUAACAGCUCCUGUGGAAGUGCUGAGUACUCUGGAGAAGUCAUCCCGCACCAUCCAGGUCUUCCCAAGUCUGACCCUGGACAUUGGUGGGCUAGUUUUUUCUUUGGAAAACACACCCAUCCAGUGAUGACAACUGUGUCGGAAUCUCCAGAGAACUCAGGAACCUUCCAGGUAGCCAAUGGCAUGAUCACCUGUGACCUGGCCCAGGAAGUCAUGAGGAAGCGCCACGCCAGCGAACCCAGCAAGUCCCACGCAGGUCCCACCGCGUGAGGAAGGCCGGCGUUCCCCAGCUGACGCUUCUGAUUUGACCGCUAGGGGCCACCGCCCAUUUUCCACUCCCCCUCCCUAUAGACUAGUUAGGCUGCCUCUGAGUACAAUUAAUUAGACGUAGGUUUUUAUAAAAACGAAAACGACAACUAAAAAUAUAUAUAUAUAUCUAUUCCACACGCACCAUUCUUUUCUACUCACUUGGGGAUCAAUACAACUACGUCUUUUUUUCCACACCUCCGCCUUGAUAACGCGUUUUUCUUUCAUUUUGUACUUGCUGAAUGGGAGCUAAUAAAUUCUGAGCAGCCUUUUAAA